AAAAAGUGAUCCAUUCCGCAUACAUUACUACUGAUCGAGCGAGCAGCGUUUGUUUGUUCCUUCCUCAGUCGUUGUGACAGUGUGUGUGAGUGAGUGAGUGAGAGCGACGAUGGGCGCGAGCAGCGACCCCACCCAAGACGGUUCCGACGAGCAGCAGAAGCGUUCGGAGAUCUACACCUACGAGGCCCCCUGGCACAUCUACGCCAUGAACUGGAGCGUCCGCCGCGACAAGAAGUAUCGCCUCGCCAUCGCCUCCCUCUUAGAGCAGUACCCUAACCGCGUGGAGAUUGUCCAGCUCGACGACUCCAACGGCGAGAUCCGUUCCGACCCCUCCCUCUCCUUCGAGCACCCUUACCCUCCCACCAAGGCCAUCUUCAUCCCCGACAAGGACUGCCACCGCCCCGAUCUCCUCGCCACCUCCUCUGACUUCCUCCGCGUCUGGCACAUCUCCGAAUCCGCCGUCGAACUCAAGUCCCUCCUCAACGGCAACAAGAACAGCGAGUACUGUGGGCCCCUCACCUCCUUCGACUGGAACGAGGCCGAGCCCAGACGCAUAGGCACCUCCAGCAUCGAUACCACCUGCACUAUCUGGGAUAUCGAGAAGGAAACCGUCGAUACUCAACUAAUCGCUCAUGAUAAAGAGGUUUAUGAUAUCGCAUGGGGUGGCGUCGGAGUCUUCGCCUCCGUCUCCGCUGACGGUUCCGUUAGGGUUUUCGAUCUCCGCGACAAGGAACACUCCACCAUCAUCUACGAGAGCUCGGAGCCGGACACGCCUCUGGUGCGGCUCGGGUGGAACAAGCAGGACCCACGCUACAUGGCGACGAUAAUCAUGGACAGUGCAAAGGUGGUGGUGUUGGAUAUUCGUUUUCCCACGCUCCCUGUGGUGGAGCUGCAGCGACACCAGGCGAGUGUGAACGCGAUUGCGUGGGCCCCACAUAGCUCGUGCCAUAUAUGCACGGCCGGGGAUGAUUCGCAGGCGCUGAUUUGGGACCUUUCUUCCAUGGGUCAACCCGUGGAGGGUGGGCUUGACCCUAUUCUUGCGUACACUGCCGGAGCGGAGAUUGAGCAGCUUCAGUGGUCGUCUUCGCAGCCUGAUUGGGUCGCUAUUGCUUUCUCCACCAAGCUUCAGAUUCUUAGGGUUUGAAAUUUGAUUUCUCUGAAACUUCUGUUUCCCUGUAUGUGCAAACGAAAAUUGGGGAUACUUUAGAUUUGAAAACAAAACACAGUUGUAUUGUUGUUUCUUUUUAUUGUUGAAACUAAUGCUAACCCCUUCGUGAUUUCUGGCUUUGGGACGAUGGUGGUUUUGUUUAGGGUUUAGGGUGUUAAACUAGCCUUAGUUUGUUUCUGCCAAGUUAGUUAGUCUGCAAGUAUUUUAAAGAAAUUGUCUGUGACAUUAUCAAUUUCGGCCUUGAUAUCAAGGUUUUUAAACUGUCUGUGGCCGCAUUUUUCCAUAAUUUUCUGCAUUUUCAAGGAUUGAGGCGAAACUGCGACUGCAAAUUUUGCAGUUUUGUUGCGAUUGUUAUAAUUGCAGGAAAUUGUGGACAAAUAGGGCUUUAGAGAGUCUAAAACCUUGAUGUUUUUGUCGCAUUCUUGUUUACUAGGAAAUGAAAUGACCUUGUAUGUAAAUGUUUUCACUUCA